CUUGGGACACAUCCAGCCCUUGGGCGGUAGCGGGCUAUAUAAAGAGCAAACUGCCUCCCGCUGAGCUCCAGCGCAGAUACAGACGGCCAGUUCUGGGAGGUCUGCACCUGCCUGUUGCUCUGGAAAACAUGGGACUCUUUCAGCACGUUAUGAAGCAUAAGGAACUAAUUCCUCUGCUUACCGUUUUGAGCCUUACAGGAUGUGGACUAGUAUAUUCUGCCAUCCAUGCCCUGAGAAAACCUGAAGUAAUUUUUAAUAAGAGUGGUGACCCAGAGCCAUGGCAAUAUGUGAAUCCCACCGAGCCUCAGAAGCUGGUAACAAUCAACCAGGAAUGGAAGCCCAUAGAAGAGUUGGAGAAAGUCCGAAAACUAAUGAAGUAAUGAGGUGCUGUCCCCUCCAAAUGACACUCUAUGAAUCUAGUGGAAUCAUUUCUGCACAAACUAGAUUUUUGAAACCAGUGUGCGGAAAUGCUUCUGCUACAUUUUUAGGGUCUCCCUCCAAUUUUUUGGACUCUGGAUGAGAACAUUACUAUUUGCUUUAGAAGUUGCUCUGCUUACAUCCACACAGUCCAAAAAUAAAGAGCUUGGCUAAUACCUGCAACAGCUACAUUUGCUUUGGAGAACACAGCCUUUAUCCAUUUGUGAGUUAAUUUUUUUAAAUCUGAAAUAAUAUAAGUGUUCAAUAUUCUUGGAAUCUAAACUUAAAGUUUGUACAGUGAACAGUUCUGUUUCUGCUUAGUAUGAACAGGGACCAAACUCUGAAUUGCUGCAAUUGUCACUCAGAGAAGGAGCGUUGAAAUCAGUAUUUUGUUAACUUUUUCUUCUUCAGAGAAAGAAAAAUUUGCAAUUCUUUCUACCUACUUUUGUUAAUAUUUUUUCCAUUUUUAUUUUUGCAAAAUGCUUAAGAACUGUGUUUUCUCGUUUGUUUCAAAAUGUAAUGAAAUAAAUGUCAAAAACUGCAAAAAA